GUUCAGGAGGAGGAGGAACCAUCAUCCAUGCUCGGGUCCAGUGCGUUAGUGUGUGUGCGUGUGUGUGUGUGUGUGUAUGUCUCUCUCUCUAAAAGGGUAUCUAGUCUUCCCUCUCUGGUCGUGCAUAGCGUGUGGCGCCUCUCCUGCAAGGCGAGCUAUCGAAGAAGGAGACUGUGAGAGCAGUGAAAAUCGCAAGAAGGCGCGAUAAAGUGAUAUGUGUCGUUCGCGCGAAAUAGUGACCAAGUUGUUGUUGCUGUUGUUCCCUAUCGGCGGUGUCAUAAACGCUAAUCGAGGGCUCGAUACUUCAACGAGUGAUGAAGUAGUGAUCCAUCUUCAUAAAAAGUCUGGACAUUUCCCUCUGCGGUUUUGAGGAGGAAAAGAGGAAAAGCCUUCGCGAGCCAGUGACUGUGAUAACUCAUGAGAAGGGAUAUUGUCUGUUGGUCUGAGCGUGAAAGGGUCUCUCGGAGUCUGCCGGACGAGUUCGAGUCCCUGUUUUGGAAAAUCUGUCGACAUCUCCCCGUCGCUCCGAAUAGAGGAGGACCACCACCUUCUUCAGUGUAAACACGGGGGAAGGGGGAAAAGCAUGAAGAGGUCCUCUGCACUCGGGCCCUCUGCUGAUAUGAGGGAACGAGCCCCUUGAAGCCACCAGCCGUUGAGGCCUUUGCUUUAACAGGGGGGGCUAAAGACUACGCGAGAAGUGGCAGAGACCGAGAGAAAGACAAGAGGGAAAGAGAGAGAAAGAGAGACAAGAGAGGGAGGUAUAACACACGGCAUGUGAGGAGCAAGUAUAUAGUAGGCAGAGGAGCGGCCAUGAGUUGGCGGGAGGCUGGUUCUUCUCUGGUGAUGCUGGGCGGAGUGCAAGUGAUUCUGGUCUUGGCAUUGCUGCUCUCUCCUCUGCAACCCGCGCACGCUACUUGGUGGUUCGUUUCUCAGCUGAGCGCUUCCUACACGUCGACGAGGGUCCACUGCGAGAACAUCCCAGGCCUCGUGCGUCGCCAGCGAGUCCUCUGCGAGCGACACCCCGACGCCAUGCUGGCCGUCACGGAGGGGGCCACCCUGGGCGUCAGGCAGUGCCAGAAACAGUUCCAGGACUCGAGGUGGAACUGUUCCACCGUGCCCCGGGACGCGUCCGUCUUCGGCAGACAUGUGUUAAGGAGUACUCGUGAGUCGGCAUUCGUUUACGCUAUCAACAGCGCUGGGGUCGUUCAUGCAGUCACCAGAGCUUGCAGUCGUGGAGCCAUCAUGAAGUGCGCCUGCGAUUUAACCAAAAAGGGCGAUCAUCGGGACCGAGCGGGACAGUUCACCUGGGGCGGGUGUUCCGAUAACAUUCGCUACGGCACCGCCUUCGCCAGGAAGUUCAUAGACGCCCGGGAGCGGAGACAGAGAGACGCCCGCGCCCUCAUGAACCUUCACAAUAAUCGAGCUGGGCGUAAGGGCGUCCGAAAACAGAUGCGUCUAGAGUGCAAGUGCCACGGCGUCUCGGGAGCCUGCACCGUGAGGACCUGCUGGCAGACGAUGGCUUCCUUCGGUGCAACGGCGCGGUGGCUCAAGUCGAAAUAUGAUAAGGCAAUAGAGGUCAGCGUCAGUCCCAAAGGGGAGGGGCUCUACCCCGCGCGAGGGGAACACCGACCCCCUCGCAAGAAGGACCUAGUAUACUUGGAGCAGUCUCCUGAUUACUGCGACGCCGAUGUUGCCUCAGGCUUCACAGGUACCGGAGGGCGCCAGUGCAACCUCACGUCCUCUGGAUCGGACAGCUGCGAGACUCUGUGUUGCGGCAGAGGCUACGACACCCGCCGGAGACUCAUCACCACCAAGUGCGAGUGUAAGUUCAAGUGGUGUUGCUUCGUCGACUGCAAGACCUGCGAGACCUGGAGAGACCUCCACUUCUGCAAAACAGAGACUACGUCGAAAGAUCACUGACCUGGGUGAGGGAAGAUAACGUUGCAUGACCCUAGGCCUAGCAUGUUAAAGAAACGAUGCAUCUAGGCCUAGAAUUACAAUGCAUAUAAAAAAGAUGAUGUAAUGAAUGUUCAGAUAUGAAGACCUGCGAGACCUGGGAGACUUGGAGAGACCUUCACCUCUUGCAAAAGAUCAAUGACCUGGGUGAGGGAAGAUAACGUUGCAUGUUAGAGAAAUGAUGACCCAAGGCCUAUAGAAGUACACUGCAUUAAACAAAUUAUGUAAUGAAUGUUCAAAAAUUCAGUAGGAGACUGAGAGAGAGAGAAUGGAGGUAGGAUCCACAAAUUAGGAAAGUUAUUUGAGAUAGAAAGACCCAGAAAAAGUGAGCAGAAUGAUAUACAUGACAAAACCAUCAAUUUUCGGUUCAAGUAAGAAUUCAGACCCACCAAAAAAGCUAAUUUCAGUGGCCAAUAAACAAGCUUAAAUGCCCUUUAUCCAAGACAGGCCACAUAGACGAUACUACUUUAAAUAAUGUAUCUAGAUGAAGAAUACCCUACAAAUCUGUACUGCAUCAUGGUUCCAAAGAAGGCGAUCUUAUUCACACGUUUUCUAAACCUUUUGGACGACCUGCUUACAAAAAGAAAUUUAGCCACUAAUUCAUUGUCGGUUAAGGGUUAAGCAACGCUGUACCCUAAAAUUAAAACCUUUAGCUACUCCUGAUAUAUUUCGUAUUAACAAAUGUCUUCCAGUGCAUAAACGAUAAUGUAAACUAAUAAAAAAGCAGAUAUUGAUAUGCUGCUAACCAACGCAGAUAUUAAUAUACUUGCCAUAACUUAGGACGUACCCAGUGGCUAAUGCCGUACGAACACACUUUUCUUACGCUUUAGUGAUUCAAGAUGUUCCGUGGACUAAGACUCUUGACAAAGAGAAUGGGGAGCAUUUGUAAUCGACUUAUAAUUAUCCUAAACAGAGCCUCCUGUCAGUGUUAUUUACGCUACAGGUUCUCUUCCCAGCCACACACGCUCACAGACAGAGCUCAAGAACCCCCUGGAGAUGCAUAAAGCGGCGGUUUAAGAAGAUUAAGUGGCGGUACUGUUUAUAUACCUUAUUUCUUUCUAGGGACGGGAAGGAGGAAGGGAUAGGUGGAACAAAGGAAGCAAAUAAAUUCCAGACAAAUAGAGAAGGGAUGCAACAUUCCACUAGACCGAGAGGUGUGUGCUAGUCUCUGAAAACCAUCUGCGUCGGUGAGAGUCUAAAUCACAGGGAACUCCUAAUGUGAGGGUGCGCGCGCUGUUGUGUGGCGUUUUACUUUUGUCAUUACUGGACGAUAAAGCUGAUUGCUUUUGAUUUAUCGUCCAGACGAUUCGUCCGGCUUCCUUCGAAAAAUACACAGGUGCACUCGGCAAAGAUCUGUAAAUAUGAGGGUCCUGCUCAACAUUAAUCUAAGGUGAAGCAGUAAUUUUAAUUUUUCUCUCUCGGAAACCGAUGGUCAUAGACUUACGAACACCGUCCUCCCCAACUAGCAAAAAAA